AUGGGGUCUCCAACGUUAGAGAAGUUCCUCUCAUUUGUUUCCUUAGUCUUGUUUGUAGUGCUAUUGUCUUCACCCAAUUUAGCUUCUGCUUCUGUUCAAGAAGCUAAAGCUCUCCUCAAAUGGAAACACAGGCUUCAACACCAAAACAAUUCUGUGCUAAAUUCAUGGAUUUUUCCAUCUAAUUAUAAUGCCACAGUUUCUUCAAGCCAUCCAAAAACAAGUAUCAUCCCAUGCACUUGGUCCGGAGUUUCUUGCAGUAUUCAUGGAAGUGUCAGGAGACUGAACCUCACAAAUUCAAGUGUAGAAGGUACGCUCUAUGAUUUUCCAUUUUCGUCUCUCCCUCAUCUUGCAUAUAUUGAUCUCAGCAUGAAUGUUCUUUGCGGUACCAUCCCACCUCAAGUUGGUAAACUCUCAAAACUCAUCUAUCUUGAUUUGGCCAUCAAUCAGUUUUCCGGAAUAAUCCCACCACAAAUCGGAAAUCUGACAACUCUUCAAGUCCUCCACCUGUUCCAGAAUCACCUAAAUGGCUCAAUUCCUAGAGAAAUAGGCCAGCUAAAGUCCCUUUAUGAGCUUGCUUUGUGUACUAAUGAUCUUGAUGGUCCCAUUCCCGCUUCUUUGGGCACAUUGAGCAACUUGGCUUCUUUGUUUCUUUAUGAAAACAAACUCACUGGUUCCAUUCCUCCAGAAAUGGGGAAUCUCUUCAAUCUUGUCAUUCUUGACAUGAAUACGAACCUUCUCACAGGUCCUAUCCCUUCCACUUUCAAGAACUUGAAUAAGCUAACCAUGUUGCACCUAUUCAAAAAUCAGCUCUCUCAUUCCAUUCCACCAGAGAUAGGAAACCUGAAAUCGCUUGAGACACUGAUUAUUUAUAAAAAUAAUCUUUGUGGCACAAUCCCGGCAUCCUUGGGUGAUAUAAGCUCGCUAACUCGACUAUUUCUCUAUGAAAAUCAACUUUCUGGUCCCAUUCCUAAAGAAUUAGGGAAGUUAAAGUUUCUCUAUGACCUACAAUUGAGUGCGAAUCAAUUCAUUGGUUCUGUUCCUACUUUAUUUGGCAACUUAAGCAACAUGAAGUUCUUGUCCCUCCGUGACAACCAACUCUCUGGUCCUAUUCCACAAGAAAUUGGGAACCUGGAGAAGUUGGUCGUAUUGCAAAUGGAUCAUAAUCAGUUUUCUGGCUAUUUGCCUAAAAACAUUUGCGAAGGUGGAAAACUACAAAACUUCACGAUAAACAGUAACCAGGUCAAGGGUCCUAUCCCCAAAAGCUUAAGAAACUGUUCUAGCUUAAUCAGAAUCCGUUUCAAUGGAAACCAGCUCACUGGAGAUGUAUCUAAAGCUUUUGGUGUCUAUCUAAAUCUUAAUUUCAUGGAUUCAAGUAACAACAAUUUUUUUGGUGAAAUCUCAUAUAGAUGGGGACAGUGCCCAAAUUUGACUAGCAUAUUGAUGGCAAGGAACAAUAUCACUGGCCAAAUACCACGAGAGUUAGGAAAUUUAUCUCGACUUCAGGUAAUUGAUCUUUCUUCGAAUGAAUUAGAUGGGGAUAUUCCAAAGGAACUAGGGAACUUAGAUUUGCUAAAGCUUGAUUUGAAAGACAACCAACUUUCUAGUAGUAUACCUAAAGAACUCGGAUUACUAGCUAAUCUGUUGUAUCUUGACAUGUCCAUAAAUAGAUUGAGUGGGUCAAUACCGGGAAAUCUUGAAAAAUGUUUGCAGCUGUAUUACUUGAACUUGAGCUACAACCAUUUUAGCCAAAAAAAUUCCACCUGA